AUGAGUCUUUUUGUAACUGUAAAAGGAAGUCAAUUUUAUCGAAACGGGGAACGUUAUAUGAUAAAAGGAGCCAACUAUUGGCAAGGUAUGAAUUUAGCAGCCCCCACAAGAGAGCUUGGAGGGGAUCGAACCCGACUUUUAAUAGAACUGGAUCAAUUACAAAAAAUGGGAGUCAAUAAUUUACGUAUCAUGGCUUCCUCUGAGGGACCUGACGAGGAACCUUAUCGGAUGAGACCAAGUUUACAACCUUCUAUAGGCCAUUAUAAUGAACAUUUGUUUGAAGCCUUGGAUUAUUUGUUGGAUGAAAUGUCGAAAAGGGGGAUGACUGCAGUUAUGACUUUAAGUAAUUUCUGGCAUUGGAGUGGAGGGUUUUCACAAUAUAUUGCAUGGAUUACUAAAGAAACGAUUCCAUACCCUGUAACAAGAGAUAAAUGGGAUACAUUUACAGAGUUUACAAAAAGAUUUUACAAUGAUCCUACUAUAAGACAACAGGUGAAUCAGCUUUAUAAAAAUCAUAUUCGAGUAGUUCAAACAAGACGAAAUACAAUAAAUGGAAAACUUUAUAAUGAAGAUCCUGUCAUUAUGAGUUGGCAGAUUGCUAAUGAACCUCAAUUGGCUCCUAAGGAUUGGUUUGAAGAAAUUGCUUGCUUUAUAAAACAAAAGUCACCAUAUCAAUUAGUAUCAAGUGGAAUAGAAAGUAAAGUUGAUAGAGUUGAUUUUAUGAAUGCUCAUGAAUCAAACUAUAUUGAUUAUUGUACCUGUCAUUGUUGGGUAGAAAAUUGGGGUAUAUAUGACCCAAGUGAUGUAAACUCUAAAAAAAAAAGUUUAUCAUUUGCUAUCAAUUAUAUAAAGGAGUAUAUCAUGAGUCGAUAUGAAUGGAGUUUAGCAUUAGUAGUAAAGAAACCAAUUGUUUUAGAAGAAUUUGGAAUGGCGAGGGAUGCGUGGCGUAAACCUUUAGAUAGUGAAUAUAAAUAUGACCCUUCAACACCUACAAGUCAUAAGGAUAUAUUCUUUAAAGAGGGAGUCUAUGAAACGAUUGAAAAGUUGUCUAAUUGUUAUGGAGGAUCCAAUUUUUGGGCAUAUGGAGGCAUAGGAAGAUCAACAGAUAAGCCAAAUUCAAAUGGCAUGGUUUGGUUAGGUGAUCCACCUCAUGAGCCUAAAGGAUGGUAUAGUGUCUAUGAUACAGAUACAACUGUAGAUAUCAUUAAACAACAUUUUAUGAAUCUAUAAAUAUAUUACGAAGGGAGUAUAUCUAUUAUGGACAACAUUAUAUAAUAAGGAGGAAAAAAAAAAAGUAGAAAUAAAAAGAGUGAGGAGAUAAACUGACUGUGUGUAAUUUAUUAUUAGGAGCUUAUUAUAUACAAUAAUAAUAAACCCGAUAUUAAAACCGUUCAUAUUUUAUACACAAAGUUUUUAUUUGGGGGAGGGGAAAGAGAGAGAGAGAGGCAGAGAGAGAAGCAGAGAGAGAGAGGCGGAGAAAGAGGCAGAGAGAAUGAAACAUACACACACACACACAUAAAAAGGAGAAGAACAGUAAAGCGAUUUUUUUUUUCUUUUAAUUAUAUAAUAAAA